UGCUGAAGCUCAAAACAACAAAUCGUCAGCGAAAUAUAAAGAUUCUCUCUCUUUUUCGCUUCCCAUCAUGGCUGGAAUCACAGUAAAGGACGUCAACGCCCACGAAUUCGUCAAGGCUUAUGCUGCCUAUCUCAAGCGUACCGGUAAGCUCGAGGUCCCCAAGUGGGUCGACAUCGUCAAGACUGGUACCUACAAGGAGCUUGCUCCCUAUGACCCCGACUGGUUCUACAUCCACGCCGCUUCCGUUGCCCGUCACGUCUACCUUCGCCCCAGCGUUGGUGUUGGUGCCCUCCGAAAGGUCCACGGUGGCCGUGUCAACCGCGGUUCCCGCCCUAGCCACCACGUCAAGGCCAGCGGCAGCGUCCAGCGCAAGGUCCUCCAGGCUCUUGAGAAGGUCAACGUCUUGGAACAAGACAACAAGGGUGGUCGUCGUAUCUCUCAAGACGGUCGUCGUGAUCUUGACCGUAUCGCCAUGACUCUCAUCGAGCAGGACGAGUAAACUAGCAUCCUCCAUUUUUAGAGGCUGUUGACGUUACUUGAAAUAAUAAAAGCAAAAUUAUCCCAUGAACACUGCUGCUGCAUCCGUGUUUUUGGACAGUUUUUGUAUCCAGUACACCAGUCCAUUUCGUCUCGCAGGCCCUUUUGUUUUUUUCUUUGUUUUUGGUGCGAUGUAGGAUCGAAGGCUGGCAGCCGCAAAUUUCGAUGCGGCACCCAUGGAUCAUCUUGCAUUGUGAAGCACUAUUGCGGCAAGCAUUGCCUCCCCC